UUUAAAAAUGCCCAAUUAUUAACUGCAACAGUUGGAAGGAAUCUGAACAGACGGAGCGCUCAACUCUAAACGAGCACAGCAAACCGCCAAAUAUACCAGUCGAAGGAAUUUCAUGGCAACCGACAACCAAAUGCCCGUCAUCGGACAAGUGUUUCCCCUUCAAUCACAUUGAAGAAAAGCCUCUGUAUGUGUGUAUGUAUAGCAUAGAAUAAAGGGAAUAAGGUCUUAUGCCGCAGAGCUGUUAGUCCGCUGAUAAACAAUUGCAAUGGAAAAUUCAUACGCAGAUUAUGAGACAAGGCGGCGCAAUCCCGACCCACGCAAUGCUGCCCUUCUAGUUAUAGACAUGCAGCUCUAUUUUCAGGGCAUAGCCUCGCCCAUUAUCCCCACAAUUCGGCGCACGAUCGAAUCCUGCCGAGCCCAAAACAUUCCAGUCGUGUACACUCGUCACUCCCACAGAGACCCUUCUGAUUAUGGAAUGCUUGGCGAGUGGUGGAAUGAGGUCAUUCACGAUGGCACCCCUGAAGCCGAAAUAAUGCGCGAGGUCAAUAAGAAGGAAGAUGACAAAGUCAUUCACAAGCAUACCUACAGUGCAUUCUAUAAUACUGAUCUGGAGAAGUACCUUCGUGGGCAGGGAAAGACAGAAGUGAUCGUUACAGGAGUGAUGACGAAUCUUUGUUGUGAGACCACGGCGAGGGAUGCUUUUCUAAGAGGUUUUAGAGUUUUCUUCUCAACUGAUGCCACUGCGACCUCAAAUAAAGAUUUGCAUGAUUCUACACUUAAGAAUUUGGCUUAUGGCUUCGCUUAUCUUGUCAAUUGUCAGAGAUUGGAAGAUGCUUUUGCUGCUAAGGUUUCUGCAUAAAGAGGGUAGGGCCACUUCCAGUAGGAAGAUGUACAAGGGGCCACCAAUCUAUGGUUGAAGGAAAAGAAUUUGGAUGAUGCUCUUCCUAUUGCAAUUGAGUUGUUGAAGAUUGCAUUUAUCAAAGGCAAACUUGAUUUCACUUAACAUUGUAUUUUUAUUAAAACAUGGUAUUGUAAAAUUUGAUAGAAUUUAGUUUGUAUCAUUAAUAUUCAUACUCUCUAUCUAUGUAAGAGGCAUAAUAUAUUGAUAUUAGAUUUUGUACUAUUCAAAAGGGAAAUAUGUAUAAUUCAAAAAGAGAAAAUGAUUUAUUAUAUUGAAAUGAUGUCAAUAUAAUUUGCAAGAUA